CAGUUCUUAAUGCAGAUUAAUAAUAAGACUAAAACCCGUCGAUUAACUAGGGCCGAGAUCCUAGGAAAGGCUAAGGUUAUGGGAUUUAGGGAACUAGAAGAAGCACGGGCGAAACGUGCUGAGCAGCUAGUAACUAAGGCAGCUAAAGGCACUUCUAAGCCUAGACGAAAGCGUAAAGCCACCUUAGAAGGAGAGGAGCGACAAGCUAAGUCGGGAAGGCAAAUGGAUGUGCAGGUUAAGGGUCAGGUUAAUAUUCAGGUUUCACCAGCAUAG